CCCGGAGUAGGGGCGGGAAGGCGGCAGUUUCGGGCGGGUCGGGGCGGAGCUGAGGAGUCGGCGGAGGCGGAAGCGACGGCCCGAGGGGCGGGGAAGGGGCUGGCCCCGGAAGGCGGAGGAAACCCUGAAAAGAAAACAGCAACAAGCCGAGCUGCUGUGACAGAGGGAAACAAAAUGGCGGCGCCGAAGGGGAGCCUGUGGGUCAGGGCCCAACGGGGACUCCCGCCGCUGCUGCUGUUGACCAUGGCCCUGGCUGGAGGCUCGGGGACCGCUUCGGCUGAAGCAUUUGACUCGAUCUUGGGUGAUACGGCGUCUUGUCACCGGGCCUGUCAGUUGACCUUCCCCUUGCAUACCUACCCCAAGGUGCCUGCCAAUUUGUACACAGUGGAUCACACAGAAGAAGAGUUGUAUGCAUGUCAGAGAGGUUGCAGACUGUUUUCAAUUUGUCAAUUUGUGGAUGAUGGAAUUGAUUUAAAUCGGACCAAAAUGGAAUGUGAAUCUGCAUGUACAGAAGCAUAUUCCCAAUCUGAUGAGCAAUAUGCUUGCCAUCUUGGUUGCCAGAAUCAGCUGCCAUUCGCUGAACUGAGACAAGAACAACUCAUGUCCCUGAUGCCAAAAAUGCACCUACUCUUCCCUCUAACUCUGGUAAGGUCAUUCUGGAGUGACAUGAUGGACUCUGCCCAGAGCUUCAUAACCUCUUCAUGGACUUUUUAUCUUCAAGCUGAUGAUGGAAAAAUAGUUAUAUUCCAGUCUAAGCCAGAAAUCCAGUAUGCACCACAGUUGGAGCAGGAGCCUACAAAUUUGAAAGAAUCGUCGCUAAGCAAAAUGUCCUCAGAUCUGCAAAUGAGAAGUUCACAAACCCAUAGGAACUAUCUUGAAGAUGGAGAAAGUGACGGCUUUUUAAGAUGUCUAUCUCUUAACUCUGGCUGGAUUUUAACCACAACUCUUGUCCUCUCGGUGAUGGUAUUGCUCUGGAUUUGUUGUGCAACUGUCGCUACAGCUGUCGAGCAGUAUGUUCCCUCUGAGAAGCUGAGUAUCUAUGGUGACUUGGAAUUUGUGAACGAACAAAAGUUAAACAGAUAUCCAUCUUCUUCUCUUGUGGUUGUUAGAUCUAAAACUGAAGACCAUGAAGAAGCAGGGCCUCUACCUACAAAAGUGAAUCUUGCUCAUUCAGAAAUUUAAGCUUUCUUUUUUUUUAAAGUAAAGGGUUAAUUGACAUCUAAAUUUCCAUUCCUCAUAGAGCUUCUCAAGAUGGUUUCAUUGGAUAUAGGGCUUAAAAAUCACUUUAAAACACAAAUAAAGUUACCCAAAUCUGUGAAGACCGUAUUUGCCGUAACUUUAUCUGUAAUUUCUUUUCUAGUAAUUUAAGAGGUGGAUAUUUGGGAUUGCAUUUUUAUUUUACUAAUACCUGUAGCUAUUUUAUUAUUUACAUUGUUUUUUGUUUUCUUUCUUAGCCAAAUUCUGUGAGCUGUUCAUUGCUCUUCCUCACCUUCUGCCAUAAUACUGUCUGUCACCUUAGUUAAUAAACUGAAUAUUCAAUAGGACUUGAUGCUUCUGCUCAGAAAUGGCCCACAACCUGUAUCUUGAAAUUUAGCAGGAAAUGCCCUUUAAUUACACUACAUUUUCAGUUGUAUUGACUGAAGACAUUAAAAUUUUACUUGAAUAAUUA